AUGCACAGCCAGACACAAAAGUCCUCUCCGGUGAAAGUGGCUGCAGCAGCAUCCAGUGUUUUAGCUCCAUCGUCGAUUCAAACAAAAACAACAUCAAUUGCUAGUAAACCAGCUGGAGCUCAUCCAACUGUCCAUGAAUCAAAAGAAAGCAUCAGUAGGGAUGCUAGUCCAAGUAUAGCAGUAAAUAGUAUACCAGGAAAGCUUUCAAGUUCACCCAAAUUGGUUAAUUCUUUACCAAAGUUACCGAUCACCUCCAGUCACAAAACUGAAAGUCAGAUCGAGUCAGGAGAUCGUCAUCAAGACUCGGACUGCUCUAAAGUUUCCAAUGAAAGUAACAUUGGAACAAGAAAUAAACCCAAACAACAUGUCCUGAAAAGGAAAGAAAACAAAAAAGUAUCCACUGACGUACUAAUUGCCAAAGGAAGAAAACCCGAACCGAAAAAAGAUCACAACCCCAAAGCCGGUCUCUCCCACGAUGUUUUAAAGGCACUUCCAAUGAAGGGGAAGAAGGCUGCGAGUUCUGGUGACAGAAAUUCUAUUCAAUCUGCUGUUUCGGCUGUCGACUCGACAAUGGUAAACAGCGUUUCGGAAAAAUUGGGCCGAAACAAUGACUCCGCCCAAAAUACUGGUGAUGAACCAUUUCUACCUAAAACGUCUUUGGUCAAUUCCGAAGGACGGCCAACGUCGCCAAUUUCAACUAUUGCCGAAUCCAAAUCUACGCCAUCGACCACGUCAUCUACUGUGUCUUCUACUUCCGUCAUGAGCAAGUUCAACAUUGCAACGAUGUCUCCUUCGUUAGAGUCUGUAUAUCCUAGCAAAUACACGAGCCGGUCAAAGAGAAUUCCACCUCCAAACCUAACGCGACAACAUUCUCUCGCUGCCAUGCUAGGUCUCGUAAAAAGUAAAGAAGCGAAAGACUCUCACACACGACAGAGGUGGCCUCCUGUUUACGAAGAAGAGGAAGGCACGAAUGGCAGUGGGGAAAGAUCUCACUCCAUGUCGUACGUGCCAGGACAAGCGGGUGCCGCCUGCGCCACAAGAUACACCCCACCUGUGCCUUUGUAUUACAGGAGAAGCUCAUGCACGGGGGAUCUUCCGGGGGGCUUACUUCUACCCCCACCCAGGGUUGCAGGAGUCAUUCGAAGGAAGCCCACUCCUACAGUACAACCUGUCGAUAAACGGCGAUGUUCCUUGACCCUACCUUAUGCCACGCUGUAUGGAUCUUGGCAGAUAUCAUCUGCCGCAACUACACCAAGUGCAAUUGAAGUGACUUCGCCACACCAAACAUCUGUGCAGCAUCUUGCAAGCUCUUCAGGUUCUGCUCCCUCUCACUAUAACACGGAAGCUCAGUGUCCUACGGAAGGUGGAAAAUUAAAGAAUAUCUCCUCAGUCACCCCACUGUUGUCGCCGUCAGCUUUAGAGAAGGGGCCUAACCAAAUACCCCCCUUUUCCCCCAAUACGUCCGAGUCGGGCCCCUCAAGUAACAAUGUCCAGGUCUCGUCUAGUAUUACUACGCCCCAGCAUCAGUAUAUGCAAUACCCACAACUUAUGGCUUCGUUUUUACAGAAAGUGCCUAUGAAAGACUUCGGCUCGGAGGUUCGAGCAAGUCUGGACAUCGCGCACUUCCUUCAGUCAGCUGUGCUGCAACUUGACGUACAAGACACUACAUUAGAUGGCAUCACAGACCUCUUGCUGUCCAGAGUUCUGGGCGAGAAUAGUGAUGAACCCACAUGCUCCAUGGCCGAGGCCAAGAGCAUCCUUUUCACAACCGACACUGGUGAGUACCCUAAAUUAAUAGAGAAUUUAUCUUCUUUGCUUGAUGUAGGGUAUUUUUGA